GUGAUUUGAUCGAUGUUUCAACGUGGAUCGGAAACUUUGGCUCAGGCUCCGUUUAAUUCACAAUUACAAGUGUAUUUGUAAAACGCAUCAUGAGUGUUGACCAGCAGUACGAAGAGGCCUCAGUUUGGUUAGCAGCUGCUGCCGAGGAAUGCCGAAAGACGCACAAUGUGGAUAUUGAAAUGUUGAUCAGAAACUGUGAGAAUUGUGCUCGUAUGAUAGAGGGUAUUCAACAGAUUGAAAAGAAUCCAGUCAGAAAGAAAGCAUUGGAUGAACUGAGCAUCGCCAUAUGUAAUCAUUUGACGGUAUUGAAAGCCAAGAAAGAACAGUUAGAUGAUUGCAUGCUGGAUAGCUCCGUAUCAAGUCAGUCCAGUACAAGUGAUGCUGGUAGCAAGAGUAAAGAUUCCGCAGCUGACAGUGAUCAGAAAAGUAAAUUACGUUGCGCCAUAGCCGACACCAUAGUACAGAAAGGACAUAUAAAGUUUGAUGAUGUUGCAGGUCUUGUUGAAGCUAAGCAGACGCUAAAAGAAGCCAUCAUCAUGCCUGUACAGUAUCCGCAUUUAUUCACAGGUGGCAGAAAACCAUGGAAACGAAUUUUAUUAUAUGGUCCACCCGGAACUGGCAAAUCAAGACUUGCACAAGCCGUGUCCUCGGAAAUUGAUUCAGUGUUCUAUUGUGUGUCCAGUUCUGAUUUGGUUUCAAGCUGGGUUGGUGAAAGUGAAAAAUUAAUCAAAGAGUUGUUUCAGCAUGCUGUUGACCAAAAAGGAAGAUCGGUUGUAUUUAUUGAUGAAAUUGACAGUAUUUGUCGCAAGAGAAGCUGUCGGGAGGAAGAACACACAAGGCGAAUAAAGACUGAAUUGAUGAAACAGAUGGAAGGUGCUGAUAAUACCGACAGCGCAGACAAUCUCUUUCUACUCUGCGCUACUAACUGUCCCUGGGAGUUGGACACUGCUUUUCUGAGAAGGUUUCAAAAAAGAAUUUAUGUUCCACUACCAGACAGAGAGGCCAGGAUAUCAUUGAUGAAGAUUCAUGCUGUGUCUAAUAACAUUGAAACCUUAGCUGACGCUGACUGGGAUCUACUAGCUGAUGAGACGGAUGGCCACUCUGGGAGUGAUAUAGCCACAUUGACGUUAGCUGCUCUAUUUCAGCCAAUCAGAGAUAUGCAACAUGCCACACACUGGAUAUGCACUGCAGAUGAUCGGUAUACGCCGUGCAGUGCUUCUGUUCCUGGCGCCGUGAAAAAAACAAUGCAAGAACUGCCACCUGAUAAGGUUCAACCCAGAGACGUUGUGGUAGAUGACUUCAUCACAUCGUUACAGACGAAUCGUAGCACGGUCACCAAAGAUGAAUUAGAACGCUUUGCAGAGUUCACCAAGAGCUUUGGACAGAAUGGCUAACAUAAAUAUAAUUAUGUUAUAAAAGAGAAGACUUCGAAUGCAGUAUGCUUUAUCAGUAGUCAAUGCAUGUGUCUAUGGACAAACUGAUUUUAAUGUUCAUUUAUACAAUGAAUACAAUUUUUGGCUUGUAUGCACUUCCAAAAAAACAAAUACGAUAGGUCACAAUGGAGGAAACGAUGACAUAUUGCUACUUUAAACGCAUCUAAGUGGAUCGGUUGACUUCAGCUGAAGUCAUGUGAACAUGUAAAACAAUAGAUGUUUUUGAAUUUAAAAAACCCAGUGAAUUCACUCAAAAUGAAGAAAUUAAAUACCAGUGAAAGCCUUCAUGUCCAUGUCCAGUCAAGUGAUUUUGUGGGAAAGUUUACCUUUGCGUCUAUUCCCAAAUUGUACUUACUGUCUAGUCACAAAUUUUUGUCACUGAACGGCGAUUUACUCUUCAGAAUAAAUAAAUUACAGCGUGAAUGGGGUGUGAACUGCUGUUUCAACUCUGUUUAACUUUCAAAAA